GACAUUUGACAAUUUGACAUUGACAUUAUUGACAAUUUUCAAUAUUUUUCAUUUCGACUUUCGACUUAUUCGACAUAACGAUUUACGGUGUCACCAUUCAACGAUUUCGAUCUUAUGUACCUUUAAUUCAAAUCAAAAUAAAAUGUUGUUGUUGUCAAAUAUAUAACAAUAUCAAAAACUUAAUUUCAACGUAAAGUAAAUUUCAAUGUAAAAGAAAUCGAGAGUCACAUUAUUGUUUAUGUGUUGCCCAAAUAUUUUGUAAACACUGGGCUGUAAUUUGUAAAUAAUGGCACAAAGAAAAUCACUUGCACAAAACACAGAUCUUUUCCCUCGGGAAAUAGAUAUUGAGAUAUGUUUGAAAACGUUGAAAAUAUAUCAAAAGUUAGAGGGAGACGUUAACUGUGUUGUUUGGGACGCAGCAUUAGUACUUGCGAAGUACCUUGAAACUAUGUGCCAGAACAAACCAGAAUUUCUCAGCGGGAUAAGAGUUCUUGAAUUAGGUUCUGGAGUAGGUGUUGUCGGUCUCACUGCUGCUACAUUAGGUGCACAAGUAACAUUAACGGAUUUACCGGAGGCCCUACCUUUGAUUCGUCUAAACAUCAAUGAAAACAAAGCAAAGAUAGGUAGUAUGGGUGGUUAUGCAAUAGCAGAGUCUCUCAUAUGGGGAGAAAGCAGCUCUCUUUUGGAUGAUGAAUUUGAUGUUGUGGUUUUGGCAGACUGUGUUUACUAUGAAGAGGCUGUUGACUCACUUAUUCAAACUCUAAAAAGUUUAACAAACACAUCAUCUAAGAAACCUGUUAUGUAUUUAACACAAGAGAUGAGAGAUUCUGAUACACAGAGGGAACUAUGGAGUUCAUUUUAUGGAAAGUUAACAGACAACUUUAACGUGGAUAAAAUUCCUGAGGAAGAACAACACAUUAAUUACAGAAGUGCUGAUAUAUUAUUGUUAAGGAUAAGUAAAAAAUGAUGUAUAAAUAUCAUUCACAACAUACAGGAAUAUCAAUUGGGUACAAUUUACGAUAACAAUUUUUUGAUAUAUUUUUCUUUUUUCUGCAGUUUAGUCAACAUGAAAUUUCUUGCCAACAUCUUGCCAUUUAAAAAAUUCAUCACUAUAGGCCCACCAGUUUGGUCGUGAAUAUAAAUUCCAAAUAGGGUUUCUUUUGCAUUUAUUAUAUUAGCAAUUAAGAAUAACCAUAGAAUACAGGUGUAAGAUGUGUUUAUGUAAUUGUUAAGUAGAUACUAAGUAUCUACAUGUUAUUAAAAUAUGUUAGUUAUUAAUUUUAAAUGGAAAUCAAGUGGGCUCUAGAAUUAGUAAGUAGGAAACAAUGAUAAAUCAACGGAAUCAACUUAGUUGAACUAAAUAUUAAUAAUGCCUAAUUAAUACCUGAAUGUAAAUUUUGCUUAGCAUACAUGGUUUAUCCAUUUUAUUCACAUUGUAGUGCCUCAUAUUAAAUUAACAAUAUUUUAUAGCUGAGCUAUAUUUCACUCAAACUUGCAUUAUUUUGCAGCAAUUGAAUUAUUAAUAAGCAACUUUUACGGGUAUUUAUCUAAAUAAGCAUGAUAUUUAAUAUUAGGUAAAUUGCAUAGUAGGUGAUCUAUGUAUGGAGGUAUGAAUUUUACUGGGUAUGCAAUAAAUAUAUAUUGGUUAAGAUAAUUAGGCUUUCAUUAGUGAAUUUCGACAUUUUUAUAUUUUUAAUUCUUUUACUUUUUUAAGUUGGGUGUACAUAUGUUUGUGCAGAAUUGUUAUUUAUUUAUUCUCAGUUCUCAGCACAAAAUCUUGGAACUAUAUUUAUCAAUAUCAAUAUGGUUAAUUGUAGGGUGGAUAGUUAAAAACUAUAUUUUAUUAAAUAAAAUAGAGACAUGGAA